ACUUCCUCCGCGGCCUCGGGCCCGGCUGCCACAGCGGCUGCAGGCCAUGGUGGCUCUGGACAACCCUGACGGCGGUCCCGAGGCGACACCGAGCGCGGGGACCAGGCUGUCUCUUCCUGACUGCCUGCCCAUCAGCGGCUCACAAGUGAAGAGGGUUUCCUCUUCCAGACGUAAGCAACAUUUUAUCAACCAGGCUGUGCGGAAUUCGGACCUGGUGCCCAAAGCCAAGGGACGGAAGAGUCUGCAGCGCUUGGAAAACACCCGGUACCUCCUCACGCUGCUCGAGACCGCCGGGGGCCCUCCUGGGCUGGAAGAUGGGGACCUGACUCCUCCCGCAGCACCCGGUAUCUUUGCAGAGGCCUGCAGCAAUGCUACCUAUGUGGAGGUCUGGAAUGAUUUUAUGAACCGAUCCGGGGAGGAGCAAGAGCGAGUGCUCCGCUAUCUGGAGGAUGAGGGCCAGGGCAAGAGGAGGCGCGGGCCUGGCCGUGGGGAGGACCGGCGGAGAGAGGACCCGGCCUUCACACCCCAUGAGUGCUUCAGGCGCAUCAGCCGUCGCCUGCGCUCCGUGCUCAAGCGUAGCCGAAUCCCGAUGGAAACCCUGGAGAGCUGGGAGGAACGGCUUCUGGCCUUCUUCUCGGUGUCACCCCAGGCUGUGUACACCGCCAUGCUGGACAACAGCUUUGAGAGGCUCCUGCUUCAUGCUGUCUGCCAGUACAUGGACCUCAUCUCAGCCAGUGCUGACCUGGAGGGCCGGAGGCAGAUGAAGGUCAGCAACCGUCACCUGGACUUCCUGCCUCCAGAGCUUCUGCUGUCUGCCUACCUGGACCAGCAGUGACGGCGGAGGCCCCGCCUGCCGACUCGCCUAGCCCAGACUCCAACAUCUGCUGAUAAUAAUCUUCUACAGUGUCAGAGUCUGAAUACCACCCCUGCCCCUUCGCGUCCCCGCUCACACAGGACGGCCCUAUAGCUCCCUACCCUGGUACCUGUAAAUCUGGGUGGGGAGACCUGACCCGGGCCUUUCCAUGCGUUUGUUUUCCUGUGUUUGGCUUUCUUUGUCCCAGUCUGAAGCUCAGGCGAGGAGAAGCGGACUCUUUUCUUUUACCCUCCUAAUCACUUUUAAUGAAUUUGGCAUGUUUUGGGGAAGAUUUGUUUUAAUUUCUCUUUUAAAGUGGGGAGGCACUACCCAAACACCUAGCGCCAUCCAGUCGUGGGCUCUGAUGUGAGCCCUGCCUGAGCCCUCCAGGUCUCAGCUCUGAUGGGGGUGGCGGGGCCUCUCUAGGACUCUGCUCAUCUCCCAGGGCUCUUUGUUGUGUGCGUGUGUGCCCAGCAAACCUGGACAAGCUGUGUAUCAAGCGCUGACUCUAAGCUUUUCUUUAUGAUGUGUGUGUCAUGUCCCCUGCUCCCUGGGCCCUGCCUGCCUUUCAGAUCGCCCCUGCCCCUCCCCUCCCUCCGAAUACCAGGGGUCCAGGACUUCCAGCCAGAAGCCUCUGACCUUGUGGGCCCUGUUCCCUUCCCCUGUCCCCUCUGCUGCCCGGCAUUGCUGUGGUCACUGCAGAGGCCUUAUGGCCCUCCCUGUCCUUCCCCUCGUGGGAUUCUUUGUGCUUGGGGGAAAAGGGACACUUUUAAUAAAGCCUUGGUGCUCAGGC